AUGUUAUUCGACUUCCUCCAGGCAGGAGCAUCGCUCUGGAACUUCAAUCUUCACCUUCAUUCAGCACAAUAUCUUUGCAUCAACUAUGCGAAAAUGGCACUGGAAACAUUCCCGCAGUUCACAAAACUCCCCAAAGAGAUCCAGAUCAUGAUCUGGGAGGCCGCCGUCCGUCCAGUCCCAGGCGACCGACACGUCCAUCGCUUCUUCAUCGCAGACUAUCACCUCAAACAUCCAGCUCCUCUGCGAAACAUCAAAGCCCCAUUUUUGAAUCUCCUACGCGUCAAAAACCACGCAUACGCUUCUUUGAAUCACUCUACUGGCCUUUCCUUGGCUAUACCCAAAGAUGACGUAGACGGCAAUCCCAAUGAUUCUGUUUAUCUAUCCGACAGUUCCCUUUGGAUCGUGUGCAAAGACUCACGCCAGGCUAUGGAGAGAAGAUUCAAUAAGAAUGAGUGGUGGUCGAAAGAGAAAGCACCUUUUCAUCCCAAACGUUCAGCCGAGCCGGGUCAGUAUCUCGGACAGGAAGGUGUCACACACACAGCAUCGUACACCUCUAGAGACGAUGAUGGUAUUGUCAAGCAUAUCACUAUAGAUUACCAGAGAGAUCUUAUACAUAUGGACGCUCGGUAUCUAGGCGAAGUCGACUGGUUUCAUCUCGCAGAAAGCAACUUUCUUCCCAUUUUCGACAUGAGGGCCGAAGACUCUUCAAUAGUUAAGCUGAGUUUCGUGGGAGACAAUAUCGCAGUUGACUUCGAUCGUUCUAUGUAUGAUGGAAUGGAGGGGGGGAAGACACACUUCCAACAGAAGAGCCUGCAGAUGUAUUCUUCCAACUUUAUCGACAUGGUGAGGCUUUUAAUCAAUACUGCGCAAAGGAAUGUUUGGUUUAUCGACUACGGCUUAGUACCGGUUCAGAACACAGCUGAAAAGGGCGGCAAAGGGACCAAGUCAGACGAUGAACCGCCGGUCGUGAGGGAAACCUUCCGUUCAAGCGACUGUAUCUACACAGAAGUCAAGUUUGAAGACAUCGGUACGCUCUGGCGUCUUAGCGACUAUGACAAAGCCUAUGACGGCGAAAAUCACCACGCACACGACAUGUUGGAAAUUCUGGUAGAUGAGAUAUAUCAUUCUGAACAUUUCGAAUUGUUGAGAGUCUUGGCGUGUCAGCCUGCACCUGGGCGACCUGCUAGACCACGAAAACCGUGGACGAAACGAUGCCACAGUCAUUUGAGUUGCGAAGAGUGUCAUCCGAAGCCCGUUCCGCGAGUACGGCCGUCAACGAUCGAGCAGAAGGAACCGGAAAAUUCGGGGGAUAUAUCAGAGUCGGACUUGAAUUUGUUUGAUUGA